AUGGUGUCGUUAACUACUCUCAAAGUGCCCUCAUCGCAGUUGUUCUCGCUGAGGCUUAAGACUGCGCUUGCCACUGGAGGAUCUCGUGGCAUUAGUGCUGCUAUUGCUCUCGCUCUGGGCGAUGCCGGUGCAUGGGUUUGCAUUUUACAGCGAGAUAUGUUCAAAACGGAAACAGCGGAAACUAUCAGGGCGAUAAGAGGCUCAAAUACGAACUCUUCAGUGCGGCCGGAUACGGAGACAACUUCAGCUACGAUAGUAAACUGUCCAGCCGGAAGAUGA